AUGCUGGUCCAGCUGUGUGAGGAAGCCAGCUUUCAGAAAUCCACGUGCGGAGCACAGAGCGGUAAGAAGGUGACCUCUGAAUGUGGAAGCCAAUCCUUCAAGGGCAUGGCAGCACCUACUUCCGAAGAGAUCCUGGAACAUUUGAGGACAGUAGAGCGGCUGAACGAUUAUUCAGCACAGGACCUUGAGCGCGUUGCGGACAUUUGCGAAUUGCGCCACUACGAGCAGGAGGAAGUGAUUAUCAGCACCGGCACGGCGGCAAAUGAGUUGCACAUCCUGCUGUCAGGUACUGCCGACCUCUGCGAGCAUCAUAUUGUUCGUACCUUGAGGAUUGGUGAGUUCCUGGGGGUGGAAGCGAUGCAGCAGGCCAAGACGCAAGUUUUGAAGAAUCCCAAAUCCCUGGUGGCAGGGUCCGGCGUCAGAACUCUCUGCGUGCCCCGCGAAAAAUUCCAGGAGCUGGACCUAGUGGUGCGGAAGAGCUUGAAGCGUGAGGGCAUCAAGGCUGGGAAAGCUUUGGCCAAUGGUGUUGCAGCCUUCGGUUCUCGUUUCAAGUCAAAGGACAAUGUGCCCGCUGGGCAUUGUCCUGUCACCAUGCUCAAGCUGGUGCAAUCUUAUGAAAAGACGGAGGAUGACAGGCAGAUGAUCACGAAGGCGCUGAAGGGCAACAAGGUUCUCUCAGAGGUCUUGGGCCUCACCACGGAGCAGUGUGAGACCACGGUGGACAGCAUGCACUUGGUGGAGGUAACGGCACCGGAGAGUGGCCAUCAGUUGGGGUUCCAUUUCGAUCAACCGUGGAUCAACCGCAGCGGGCUCGAAGCGGAUGCGCAACUGCGCGCUGAAGCGAUGAGCCGGAUGAAUCCCUUGAGAGAAUGUGAGGAGAUGAGCGCGAGGGGCUUGGCUGUGGAUGAGGAGCAAGUUUAUCCUUUGAUUAUACAGCAGUAUGAUGAAGAGCCAUCGGGUGGCAGUGGCUCUUCGCGCUCCUUCGUAGUGAUUGGCACGGUCCUGCUUUGCCUUAGCGCCAUCCUGUUCCUCCACUCGCAGCUCGCAGUGAGUCACUCUCUCCUGCCGGCAGAAGUGGAAGCCACCACUUUCCUACACGGAGUCAGUGCUGGAAGUGCAGUGCCUGACGUUUUUUGCUUCACUGUGAUGGGCCAGCCGGACCUGGAACGAGCACUGCUGUUGUCUCAGCAGAAGAAGGGAAAGGGACUUUUUCAGUGCCCAACGUAUGCGGUCUUUGGGCAAGCCAACAUGACCCCGGUGACGCAUCCUCUGCCGACGCUGGCCUUUGGCGUGGCCAAAGGCGGCCGUUGGGGAACAGCGCUGAACACGCCAGUCUUCAAAACGAUCUGGCAGAAGGUUCAGAAGAUGCCCGAGGCUUUAGCCCACGCUUUCACGGUAAAGCUGGACCCCGAUACUGUUUUCAUGCCCGAGCGUUUAGCCUCGCUGCUGCCGCCGGUGAAAUUGAAAUCCUUCCUCGUGAACUGCAAUGAAGGUUUGCACGGGCCCAUAGAGGUGGUCUCAAGGGAGGCCAUCAAGCAUCUCGACUGGGACUUGUGUGGAAAGAUUCCCGAGGAAGACAUUUGGCUUCAGAGCUGCCUGCAGCGCGUGGGCGCGCUGCCGGUCACCGCCUUUCCGGCCUUGCUGUGGGAGCGCGGCUGUAAGCCGCGGCUCGAAGGGACCUGCGGGGCUUACAACGUGGCAUACCACCCCAGGAAAACGAUCCCGGAGUGGUGGAGCUGCUAUGGUCAGGCCUCGCAAUUUCCACUGACUGCGGAUUGGAAGGUCUACCGCAACAAGAACUGUCCUCCGGGAGUGGGUGGGAAGAGUCUGGCGGGAGUACCUGAACCAUACUCCACGGCUAUGUCCCCGACGGCAUGUAUGCAGAAAUGCCAGAGCAUAGCGGACUGCCAGGGCAUUGUGGUUGAGGACAAUCAUGAUCCGAGCACAUGUUUCCUCCGCAGCGGUCUGGAUGACAUGUCUCACUGCUUCAUGUCACCGGCGAACAGUCUUUGGGUGAAGAGACAAGUCUGGAACGCCACAACCGCAAUUUCUGCCACCACUGUGGAGACCACCACGACGACGACCACCACCACCGCCACCACCGCCGCCACCACCACAACCACCACAGCGACCACAACGACCACAACGACCACAACGACCACAACGACCACAACCAUUACCAGCACCAAGUCGACAACUGAGAUUCCAACGUCCACGCAGCGAGAAGGUCACUACCCCGGCCCAGAGUAUUCCCAAAGGGACGGCUAUGAGAGGCAAGAGGGGUACGAAGGAUAUGGUUCCAAAGGUAGAGCGUCUUCAGAUGAAGGUGGUGUAUUUUACUUCCUGGGUCACAUGAGCUGCUUUGGCGCUGGCUCGGACCCAGCUUCAGACCGCGCUUUUGUUCCAAACACACGACCUGCAGAGUGCAAGGAGCUGUGCUUGCAGUCUUUGGAUUGCACCACAGUGAUGGUGGGCCAUGGCCAUUGCUGGAUGCGACGGAAUCUGGUCGUGGACAGCUGCAAAUCCAGUGGGAAGAUGCAGCUCUAUAAUGCAAUGCAUCAGCUGAAGAAGUGA